AUGAAACCAUAAUAUGAUUACUCUAAUGUUUUAUUCGAAUGCAUUCUGGUUCGUAAGCAUUUUAUCAGCGAUGUGAAGUAUUAUUGCUAUAUUUUAAAUGGCUACAUGCUGAUGAGUAGAAAAGUGAAGGACUCCUCUCCAAAAUAUGUUUUACCUUUAUAGUUGGCAAAUUAGGUGGGUUGGGUAGUAGAGAAGAAAGACAAGUAAAUUCUAUUUAAGGCGAUCACGAUCAAGUAUAUGGAAAAGUACAAAGACUUUGUCGGUAGCAACAGUGAUUUGCAGAAGUAAUAAAAUAAAUUAAGUAGACUGAAGGAACAUCUAAGUAAUAAAGUGACAUUCUACAAGAUUGCUGAUUUCUAUGAAGCAUAAUACAAUUUAGGGAAGGGGAGUUCAGCAAAAGUUAUCUAAAUAAAAGAAUUAGGAAAUGAAUAAUCAAAAUUGGCAGCAAAAGCGAUAGACAAAAGUUAUCUGCAAAAAAGUGAAUCUGGCAUGCAGGCGUUUUUGAAUGAAGUCAACAUCCUCAACCACCUCAGCAAGUAAAGUAGUUGUGGUCCCUUCAUUAAAUUACACGAGACCUUUGAAGGAGAUCAUACAUUUUACCUCAUCUUAGAUUUGAUGCAAGGACGAACCUUAGCAGAUGAAUUGGACAUCCUCAAAUUGUUUCCCUUGAAAUUAGUAAAAGUUAUAAUGAAACAAUUGCUUAAAGGGGUUAAGAUACUUCAUGAAACCAAUAUCAUUCACAGAGAUUUGAAACCAGACAAUAUCAUGUUUCGAGAAUUAGAUUCAUAUGAAACUCUAACCAUUGUAGACUUUGGGUUAUCAACCUUCAUUAAUGUUGCAAAGUAUCAAUUUCCAAAAUGCGGUACUCCUGGAUAUGUAGCACCUGAGAUCUUAAAUUUAGUUGACAGAUAAUAAAAAUACGAUUCAGUUUGCGAUAUCUUUAGUUGCGGUUGCAUUUUUUAUAAAUUACUAUUUGGGCAUAGUUUGUUUAUGGGUAAUACUUUUAAUGAAGUUUUGGGACAAAAUAAAAAGUGUAAUUAUACACUUGACCCAUCUGAAAUGAAUUCUAUUCCUUAUGAAGCCUAAGAAUUACUUAAACGGAUGCUUGUAAAGAACCCUUCUGAAAGAAUCACAGCUUAGCAGGCUUUGGAAUCAGAUUUUUUUAACAAACCAUCAUCUCCAUUACAAUCAAAGAAGCUUAAAGCGUUCAAUGUACCUAAUAUCAGUAGUAGGAAUAUAUUUUAACCAACAACAGAUGGAUUGCAAUCUGAAGCUGAAUCUCCGUUUUAGAGAAUAAGUCAGAAAUGCAAAAACCAAGUGGAUUUUGAUGUAGACAUCUAAGAGAAUAAAUGCUCCUCUAUUUAAAUUAGAUAGCUACCAUCAGUUAAAAAGCCUACUUGUGUAAGGUUGGAGGAUUCAACUAUUGGUAGUUUCUAUGCUAAGGAUCCCUUAAGUAGUUUCAAAAAACUAAAAGGAACAUCUCAAAAACAAUUAAAUGAGACUAAAGAAAUCCAAGUUAAUCAAUUUGAUGUUGAAUAAAUGUAAAGAAUCUCAUUAUUUAACAGAAAAGAUGAUAAUUGAUAUUGCUUCUAUUACUUAAUAUCAGUUUUAACAUAUAU